UGUCCGUUUGUCCUGCAAAUAAUUAAAUAUUUUAAAAUGUUAAUCAAUUAAUUAAGUAAUAAACAAAUAUAAAGUUGUUGGUGGUUGUUACAAAGCAAAAAAAUAGUUAUACCAAUAAAUAUUUAUCUGAAUCAAUCGAAUAUCUUCGAUUUUAUAUUAAAAACCAUUUUUCAUUUAUUAAUAAGACAUUGGAGCUUAUAAACUAACUCCAUGGCACCGCAGAGCAGAAAUUACAUAAACUACGGAACAAAGUAUUAGUUGUGACAAUUGGUGAAUAGCAAGCUUUUUGAGUAUACUAACAAACUCUAAAUUAAUAACAAUGUUUAAAAAAAAGUCAAGCAAGAAAGGCAAAGCUCCGACCAAGGGGGCUAAACAGAUUUUAACGGAAAAUGCAGCAACAGUCAGCUUCUACCGCAACAUGGCAUUGGGCGCUGGGGCGGCCUACAACAUUGUUACUGUUAUGUUUUACUAUGAAAGCAUUACAGUAGCAAGCCUAGUUAUGAACAUCUUUGUUAUAGCCGUGGACAUUUUAUGCUAUCAGACCAUGCUGUACAUAAGCAGGCCAACCUAUUAUGAGAACAGUCAGGUAAUGGAUGCUGGCAUUGAUCUGAACAUGGAAGGCGGUGUUGGCGAGCAUGUCAAAGACAUUGUAAUCUUGUCUUCGGUGACUCACUUGCUGGCAAUUUUCUCAAACUAUUUUUGGCUGUUGCUGCUAUUCAUGCCAUUGAGGGCUUUAUGGCUGUUGUGGACAAACAUACUUGGCCCAUGGUUCUUCCAAUCCGAACCGGUUGAAUACGAACUAGAUGAGAAAAAGAAAAGGAAAAUGGAAAGGAAAAUGAACAGACACAACUAUCAAUAGAUGCAUGUUACUUACUACUUUUGUUAGUUUAUUACUUUUUUUAUUUGAUAUUAUUAAUAUUAAUGCCUUAUUUAUUUUUAUUGUCCAUGUUUUCGUUUUGCAAUAAAACUAAACGAUUUUUAAUUUUACAUUUGACGUGAUUGAUUAUUCUGUAAUACCUUAUUUAUUUUUAUUAGUCCAUGCGUUCUUGUAAUGGAUUAAUUUGAAGUGGCAGUUUUAUUGUUGUAAAUUUAAAUUGUCUGGUUAACAUUAUUAUUAAAUUACAUUGAAGUAGCUGCACAGAUUUAGUUUGUUUUUAAAUAUUAAAUCAGUUGAAAUACUUUAAUUAUAAUUUAAUUUGAAUCAGGUAAAUAAACAAUUACGCACAUUUUCAUCAGCUUUAAGCUGUUAUUUAUACAUGUAACGUAAUAAAAUAGCAAAAUUCUCUUCGUGUUACAAAACUAAAUGUAAAACAACUAUAUCUGUACUGCACUGGGUGUUUAUCAAUGUUCUUGAUAUUUCUAGCCAUGUUACCUAUCGAUUCUCUUUCUACAAACGCAAACGCUUUGUCAAAAAAUGUAAAACAAUAAUAUCGAUAGGAUGUGAUCUACCUAUCAAUCGGAUACGUCAUUCUCAUGUUCAUUUUAGUUUGCGAUGCGUUAGCGUUUGUAGAAAUAUGUCUAACUCGGCGAAUAUUGUCGAAGUAUCAUAUUAAAGUAGUUAUAUUACACCGUGAUUGUUUAGCAUGCUUUCUGAAUGUUAAAAUAGUAAGCGGUUGAGGGAAUUUAGUUAAGUUUUAAUUGAUGAUUUUAUUAUAUAUAUGAUUUAUAAUUUUAAUUAAUUUCAUUUAAUUCAGAUCCAAUUGACAAUUUAUUUAUUUUUUAUUUUAUACAGACUCAGUGAAUUAUAAUAAUUACUAUUUAUGUUUUAAUGUUAAUUACAUUAUGCAAGCAUUAGUAUGUUUUAGCCAGUCUCAUAAAUACAAUUCUUUUUAGCAAUUAAAACUAUUUACAAAUCUGAGAAUUAUCUAAAAAUUUGCCUCCUUGGUGAAAAGUUUAGCAUAUUAUGAGGCCUGGCUCUGAAAUAUCAGAAUUCUUUGUUAUUUACUGAGUUGGGACUUUUUUUACGUAAGAUGUCCGUGCAUUGAGGAAUCGGUACCCACCGCAUUCAUUACCAUCUGAUAAUGAUAAUUACAAAGUUAGUUUGACAAGUUACAACCAGUUCUGGAAUGGCGACCCCGCACCAGAAAGCGCAGUGUAGGUCGACCCCCCACUAGGACCGAGGAUAUUAAGGGGGUCGCAGGGAGCCGCUGGAUGCUGGCGGCUCGGGACCUUUGUGUUUGGAGGUCCAUGCAAGAGGCCUAUGUCCAGCAGUGGACGUCUAAGGUAAUGUAAGGUAAGGUGGGUUUAUAAUCUAUCUAGGACCGUUCCCUGCAUGUCCUAUUAUGAUAUUAAUUAGUUGGUUUUCCAUGUUGCGUUGGCUGAGAUAACUAUUGAAUGUUUAGUAUAGUAUAAUUUUCCAUCAUCUUAUUAAUACGUGUUUGUAGUACAUUCAAUGUUGUAUGAUGCAGAUGUAGAAUUUAAUCAAAUCAAAUUACUUAAAUAACAUUGAUUGGGAGCACUAAUAGCUCAAGUUAAUGUAUAAUUAUCUGUGGAAAUAUACUAUCUACCACAGUGUAUAUUAAUAAUUUGUCGCAUACACAUGUUAUAACUAAGUGUAUAUUAUGAUACUAUAUCUGUGUAAUAUUUAAAUCUUUGAUGUCAUAGUUUUACGACCGGACAUUUAAGCCGGACACAUACACUCGUUUAUAUCCCGAAUCCGUUUUCCGCGUUCAGAAAACCGAAUGCAUGAAAUCAAUAUAAAUAACAAACGCACACGUAGAUACGUUUGUUUCCGAACGGAACAUAUUCCGCGCGUACGUAACGAAUGCGAGCACUUGCAAAUAUACAUUCCGAAUAAGAAAAGACGUAUAGUCUGAGGUAGUCUCACGGAAUUUCAAAUGGAAAUAACGCAUUAGGAAAACGAAUACGGAAAACGAGUGUAUGCGGCUGGUCAUAUGGUCAUUUUAAAGUCAGGGCCUAUAUUUUUACUAAACAGGUGUGUUCUUUAAUAUUGUAUUUUUUUUUAUUUCAACGUAUUUAAGUCGUUUGUUUCACCCAUAUUUCAACGGACCGGGUGUUUAAAAUUCUGUAAUGAAUUUGGUGUUAUCCUUGAUUGGUUUGCGUAUACAUUUAAGUUUGCACUUAUGUGUGUAAGUCAUAAGUCGGUAGUAUCCGAAGAAUGCUUGACCUAUUUUGAUUGUACACACUUGUAGUAAAUAUGUGAAUUCAGAGAAAUGUUAGUCAAGUACAUGUUUUUAUUUAUUUAAUUUUAUUCCUUUUAUGUAAAUUUUUGUUAACAGUUUUUAUAAUGUAAAUGAAAAUUGUAUUUUAACUAUUUAUUAUAAUAAAGUUUGAAUUUUCGAUAACAA